CACGUUACGUCAUGAGGAAACACGAUGUAAACAAAGAGAAACAGCAUCAGGUUAAUUAUCAGGGUUAAUUUCGUCUGAGUGAUUCUUGUUAGCGCGGAUUCUCUGUGACUGCGUUUCAUUAAGUCUUUUUGUGAACGGAGCUGUUAGCUGACUGCAGCUAACGUCAGCUAGCAGUUAGCUUUGACCACCAUGGAUGAUAACAAGAUGAUGGCAGGUAAAGUGAAGAAACCGGGGAAACGCGGCCGCAAACCUGCAAAAAUUGACCUGAAAGCUAAACUGGAGCGAAGCCGUCAGAGCGCCAGAGAGUGCAGAGCCAGAAAGAAACUAAGAUACCAGUAUCUGGAGGAACUGGUUUCCAGUAAGGAGAGAGCCAUCUGUGCCCUGCGAGAGGAGCUGGAGAUGUACAAGCAGUGGUGUUCAGCCAUGGAUCAGGGGAAGAUCCCCUCAGAGAUUAAAGCUCUGCUGACCGGAGACGAGCAGAAAAUGCCUCAGGGUGGCAGCAGCACCAAGACGUCCAAGAACAACAAAAACAGCAUCAGCAGCAACGGUCAGGGUUAGCUGGCCGAGGACCGGGCCUCUGAGAGCGAAACCUCCACCUGUGACGGAGGUUAAAGACUGAUGAUGUGAACCUGCUGCACAGAACACACAAACUUCUAGUAUAGGAACGUGCAUGUAGUUACAAACUCACAGCCUUUUUCUUUCCACACUUCCUAAUUAUUCCAGUGUCUAAUGUUGCAUUUGAAAGUUUGUAUUCGUGUAGUAACUCGUCUGUAGAUCCAAAGCAGCCGUUCACCAGGCUUCAUUCAGCCGUCACGUGACUUAUAAACCACCAGAGAUAAUAAGAAUAUAAAACAGUAUUACAGUAUUUACAGAUGCCUCCCUCCGUCAGAACACGACCCUUACAUGAGAAAUUCUAAUUAAACACUUCACCAGAGUCUAGUCAUCUGUUAAAAAAAGGUUUUUAUCGAUUAUAGAACUUUAUAUGGAAAAGUUUGUGUUGUUCUCAAAUAAUUCCCGAUCAAACUCUGGAAAACUUCAAAUCUGGUUCCUCGCUGAAAGAAACUUUUGGAUUCGUUAAAAUGGCUCUAAAAAGACAUUGUUCUUAUUGUUGUUUACACUUAUGUGUAAUGAUUUAUAAGUCACAUGACUGACUGAUGGAGUGUGAAUACGAAAACUGAAAACAACCUGACGGAGGUAAAGAGCCAAGAGCCUUUUCUGGGUUGUUUGGAGAAGCCGUGUGUCUCUGUCCUUCACAGCCUUGAGACGGACGUUUGAGGAGGAUAAACAACAUGGUGGGCAUAGAGUUUUUAAAAUUUGACUGAUGAUGUCUACAGAUGGCUCCUGAUUUAAAGAGGAGGGGUCUGAGGUUGGUUUGAGGACCACGAAUCAAAAUGUACAGUGAUGUUGGUAAGUGUGUUGGACUCUGGAGGGAAAUAUUUUUGUAUCUGUCUUUUCUAUGGGCGAGUUUGACUUUAGUUCUUACUCCAGGUCAGAGCUUCUGCUUUAUGAGUAACAUGAUGAUAAAUUAUGCUCAAACAGUGAGUAGCUUCACUGCCCACUGCUUUUUAUUUUAUAUUUACAUCUGAAAAAUGAGUGUUUACUGUUGCAUUACUGUUUUUCUCUUUCUGCUCACUUGUAUUUAAUAGUUGAAGUGUUCAGACCUUUGGUUUCGCGUUGGACCAACAAGUUUUAAGCUGUUUUUUUUUUUUGUCAGUGAGACGAUGAUGUGCACUUUCUUAAAUUUGGCAGAAGCACUUUGUUGGAUGAUUGUAGGUCGAAGCUUUGCUGCAUUAAACUGAUGAUGAACUGUU